AUGCAUGUAGGAAGUAUUUAUUCAAUUAAUAUUACCAUUGAAUUAUUAAAUCAAUAUUUCAAUUAUUGUUAUUACCUCGUGCAUCAUAUUAAUUUUAUUUUUAUUUAUUGCAUUAAUUUUAAUUUUAAUACUAAUAUUUAAUGGCGGAAAUGAACUGUUGCUUAGAUUGUAUACUAUUUUUCACUUCAACAUAUAUUUUCUUAUAUUUGAAUCUGAAUUUUGAACUUGUACAUUCUAUAAAUAUAAAAUCCAUAAUCCAAUCAAAUCCUUGUUAAUUUUUGCAGAGGUUCCAUACUCCCAAGAAAAUCGUGAAUUUUCCACAAGGUCUCUGGAAUUUUACAAACAAGUUGCCUGCCACGAUGAUCAGUUGACUUUGGAACAAAGAAAUAAAUCAGCGAGGUGUAGAGUUUCCAACCUCUUCACAUUAUCAACUACUAUUUCACCAGAACUCAUCAACGCUUGA